CUAAGUUCACCUAAAUUCGGCGAGACGCUAAAGUAUACAAUUCUUUUUUUAGUUUGUGUGAACCUGUUGUAGAGUUAGGAGAAUUGGUAUAUAGGUAUAUCAGAGAGUGAAGAUACCCGAAAGUCAUCGUCAGAGAAGAAAGAACGAAAAAGAGCAGCGUACCACCUGUAGUCCUCUCAGCGGUACCAUCUACCAUCCCGGCAUGAUUUGCGACCUGAGGCAUUCUUCUUCGAGCCACUCCCUCUCACCAAUCGCGGCGGAGGUACCAGAAGAUGGCCAGGACGCGCUCAGAGUGGGGCUGACGUAACUUCAAGUCGAAUCGGUACUGUAGUCACCGAAGGUGCAAAUCCAAUGCAAGGAUAAUCUGGGAAAGAUGCACAAGUACUGCACUCAGUACUUUUUGGCACUUGUCGCGUCUCGGCCGAUGAUUAGCUGAUAGUGGUGCGGAAACGGAUAGUACUCUGGAACGAUGAGGUGGUGCGUGGUGUUCCUCUUGGGAGUUUUCGCGGUGGUGGAAGCGUGCGGGCCUGGACGCGGAGUGGGACGCCGGCGGGGCUCCAGGAAACUUACCCCUUUGGUCUUCAAGCAACACGUUCCGAAUGUGCCGGAGAGUACGCUAACGGCCAGUGGGGUUCCCGAGGGAAGGAUUGAUAGGAACGAUACGAGGUUUAACGAUUUAGUGCCCAACUACAACGACGACAUUAUCUUCAAGGAUGAGGAGGGAACGGGUGCUGAUCGGUUAAUGACCCAGAGAUGCAAAGAAAAACUCAACACCCUCGCCAUCUCGGUGAUGAACAUGUGGCCUGGCGUGAAGCUCCUCGUGACGGAGGGCUGGGACGAAGAGGGGUACCACACUCCCGACUCGUUGCACUACGAGGGUCGGGCCGUAGAUAUCACUACCUCCGACAGGGACCGGUCUAAGUACGGAAUGCUCGCCAGGUUGGCCGUCGAAGCGGGCUUCGACUGGGUCUACUACGAGAGUAGGUCCCACAUACACUGCUCAGUUAAGUUAGAAUCAUCACAAGGUGCAAAAUAUGGAGGAUGUUUUUCUGGCGACAGUACAGUAUUGACCUCUACUGGCGUACGAAGGAAACUCUCCGAGCUCCAAAUAGGCGAGAAGAUCCUGGCUCAAGAUACCUCCAGCAACGAGCUCAUCUUCAGCGAAGUGCUCCUCUACUUAGACUAUAACCCUUCCCAGAAGAGGGAGUUCCUAAAACUUACCCUCUCCUCUAACAGAACUUUAAUCAUAACUCCUAGCCACCUGGUGCUCAAAGAAACCCUCGAAGGGUACAGAACAGUCUUCGCAAAAAGCAUCAGUGUGGGUGAUAAACUUUUAGUAUCAAAUAAUUCGCAUAGUGUAGUUACAGACAGUGUUAUUGAAGUGAGUGGGGUUGUGAGGACAGGAGUGUACGCUCCCUUAACGGCAGCGGGGACUUUAGUGGUAAACGACGUCGUGGCGUCGUGUUACGCCAUCAUGGACAGUCAAGCAAUUGCCCAUUGGGCAUUCCUGCCAGUGCGGUUGGGCUGGAAUCUCAAGCAAGCCACUUUGAGGGUGUGGAGUGUGAUCAGUAGACCUUUCCGCGUGUGGUCCCAAGACAGCGCGGCUGUACGAAAGAUCAGCGAACCGGGUGUGCAUUGGUACCCCAGAAUGCUGUACACGGUGGCCCAGUACUUAAUGCCCUCUCAUAUGACUGGGUGAUCCUGAAAAAAGUUGUGGUUUUGUUGGCCAGUGAAUUUGUAUAUUUAUCUAUUUAUUACUUUUUUUAUACAUUUUUGUUAAUUUUAUCUUCUGAACUGCAAGUUGUAUAUUUGUACAGUAUUUUUUGGGUGUUGUGAUGCCACAUCUAGUCUACGUUUUUGCCAGUUUUUUAUAUAAUUGAAAAAAUAAACGUAAAAAUUCUUUUAUUUAACUAUUUGUAUGACUAAAAUGUAAUAGUUUUACUAAAAUAUUGUUUAUUAUUUUAUUUAAAUUAUUUUAAUUGUUUUAUUGUAGUAAACUUUGUAUCUGAGACUUUUCGUCCUCCUUGUUUUACGAGAGAAGUCGCUGAUUUGCGUCUCAAAGUGGGAAUUAUUCCAUUCGCGGUAAUUUCCCUUAAAUAAGGCAGUCGUUAAUGUUUGGUUUUGGUUCAGAGUUGUGACUGCAUAGCUCUAUUAAUAAUGUCUGAGAGGCGGAAAUAACCAUCUGGAGAUGGUGGUCCAACUCUGAAUCAAACAAAAACAAAAACUGCCGUUCCACCUUGUUCAUCUUUCCUCAGAUUUUUGAGUACUUUGGGCCCUUUUCCUAGACGAAAAGAAAGUAGAUACGUGACCGUUGUCCUUUCUGCUUUCUUCUAUAUUCGUCGUAUCCGUGCUUAUAAAUUGUUAAAGCCGGAGAUUCAGGAUGCAGCCAGAAAGCAGUUUCUUUUAACUAAAAGUCUUACAUUUAAAAUAUUGUUUAUUAUUUUAUUUCAAUUAUUUUAAUUGUUUUAUUGUCGUAAACUUUGUAUCUGACACUUUUUGUCUUCUUUGUUGUAAUAGUUUUGUUUGUUUAAAUACGCCUGUUCAAAUUUCUCGAUAUACUUGCUCCAUAUUUUUACAAAAAACACUAAUAGUACUGGAAAGCAAAAAUUGUUUCAAAAUACAUAAAGGAAAUCAAUGUAUUGUUUAACGAAGAUGUGACUAGAUGUGAAUCUCAAAAUUCUUUGUGUAUAUAAUACCGAGAUAUCUAUAGAGUACAAAUAAUUCUUAUAAAAAAGCACUCAAAAACAUCAAGAAGAAUGUCAAAUUAUGGAAAAAUUUCAUGUAAUUUAUAAGUAACUAGUUUACAAUUGUUUGUAGAUGACUGACUGACAUUGGACAUAUCUUUAACAUUGCCAUCAGAUAAAAAACACAAGUAACUUAUUAAUAAGGGAUAGCGCACACAUUUUAUGGAAGAUGUAAUGUGGCUCAAAUACAAUAAAAUUUACAUGAAUAGAUUCGUCUCGAAAUUAUAACCAUGUCAUAUUAUUGUGCCAACCCUAACUUUUGAUUAAUAACGAAUUAAAAUUUAUGAAAAUCAUAUUUUUGAAAUCCAUAAAACGCUUCUUUUAACAAAAACUAUUAUAGACCAGUAAGGAUCUGUUUUUAGGUGGAUGUGAGAGGUGGCAUUCAGAUUUUUGCGGAUAAAGUUAGGUGAUAACUUCGUUAAUAAUAAUUGAUUUAUGCUCCUUCUCAAAUAUG